AGUUUCAGCCUCAUCUUUCUUGUUAUUUGAAAGAUGAUUCUCCAAAGGCUACGAUUUUGAGGAGAGCCAUGUGAUAGUUAUCAGUUGAUUUAUUCAUUCACGCGCAGAAUGCUUCGGUCUGCCAUUCUCAUCGGAACACAGACUGUACUCCAGGCGCGGCAGAGUUGCUCCUGGGUUGCACUGUUCGGAUCUCGAUUUGGCACGAAAACGAAGCAUUACCACUCUAGUUUGUUGUUCGUUUGCCAAGAACACAAAUUUCUCACUUGGAACGGAUCUGCGAAUUAUGAAAGAUGGAGUUCUGGCGUUUCGCGGAUUUCAGGACCCGUUUUACUUCUUCGAAGGCAGCAACACAACCCGUCCACGGACAACAACACUAUGAGUCUGCCUGAUUCAUCUAAAAAGCCCUUGUCAGACUGGUCCAUCAUCAUUCGACUUCUCGGGUACGUAUGGCCCGCAGACCGCCCAGGAAUUCGCCUGCGUGUCGUGACUGCGUUCGCCUUGUUGGUAUCUGCCAAAAUUGUCAACGUCCUGGUGCCAUUUGUUUUCAAGAUUGCCGUGGAUUGCCUAUCUGGGGACGUACCUUCACUGCUCCGAGAUAUACACCCUGCCACUGCUGCUUCCACCGUCUUACUGUGCUACGGAUUGUUUCGCGCAACAGCUUCCGGGUUGAACGAACUACGCUCGGCAGUCUUCGCCAAGGCUGCCCAGUCCUCCAUACGCCAGGUCGGAGUCCAGGUGUUCCGUCACAUGCACGAUCUUGAUUUGUCGUACCAUCUGGGCCGCAGAACUGGAGCACUUGGAAAAGCUAUCGAUCGUGGCGCUCGGGGCAUUCAGUUUAUCUUAACCGCCUUCGUGUUCAACCUGUUACCAACUGGACUGGAAGUUAUGCUUGUCACUGGCAUUUUGUAUUAUAAAUAUGGUCUCCCCACCAGUCUGAUCGCCCUCACAUGUAUUGGCGCGUACACAGCCUUCACUUUUGCGAUUACUCGGUGGCGUACUCAAUUCCGCGUCUCCAUGAAUCGCGCUGAUGGUCGCGCUGGGAGUCACGCGACCGACUCACUCAUCAACUACGAGACAGUUAAGUAUUUUAACAACGAGGAACACGAGACAAACGUUUACGAUCGUUUGCAAGCUGAGUACGAACAGGGCAGCAUCAAAACAACUACUAGCUUGGCUGUGCUCAAUUUCGGACAGGCUGCAAUCUUUUCCGCUGGAUUGGCAGCGGCAAUGAUUGCUGUGGCAAACCAAGUUGCCGUCGGUCUCCCAGUUGAACCUGGAGCUGUCGCAAACAUGGAAACUGGAGUGGAGUAUUUAGCGAAAACACUCACUGUUGGGGAUUUGGUGCUUGUUAACGGCCUCCUCUUCCAGCUAUCAGUGCCUCUGAAUUUCCUCGGUACGAUGUACCGCGAAGUGCGUCAGUCGCUGGUGGACAUGUCCACCAUGUUUUCCCUAAUGGAGCUGCAACCAAAAGUGCAGACUUCUCCUGGUGCUUCAGAUCUGAUCGUUGAUAGGUCGAACUCAUCAAUCGAAUUCAAAAACGUGAAGUUUGCAUAUCUCUCCAAGGGUCCUGGGAAAUCCAACGUGCUUAUGGGGAAAUACAUUUGUGACGAUUUGAGUUUCAAGGUUAAUCCCGGUCAACGUGUGGCCGUUGUAGGAGGCAGCGGCACAGGCAAAUCUACGCUUGUCCGACUGGCUUAUCGGUUCUUCGAUGUGAACGAAGGCAGCAUUCUCAUCGGCGGUCAAGACGUGCGUUCCGUAACGCUAGAAAGUCUGCGGCGCGCGAUUUCGGUGGUACCACAGGACACAGUUUUAUUCCACAAUACUAUCUACUACAAUUUGCAAUACGGAAAUCUGAAUGCCACGCGCGAAGAAGUUUAUGAGGCAGCACGCUUAGCCGAUUUGGCUUCGGCCAUCGAACGCAUGCCCCAUGGAUAUGACACGCAGGUUGGUGAACGUGGGCUGAAAUUGAGCGGUGGAGAGAAGCAGCGUAUUGCUAUUGCGCGCGCUCUGCUUAAGAAAGCUCCUAUAUUGAUUUAUGACGAAGCGACAUCUUCUUUGGAUACAAUUACAGAGCAGACCAUCCUACACCGUCUGGCAAAGGUGACCCCGGACACCACAUCGUUGGUGAUUGCACAUCGUCUGAGCACUGUGGUGGAUGCGGAUGAGAUUCUCGUGCUACGAGACGGACGCAUUUCCGAACGAGGGACACAUUUCAGCCUGUUGCACACACCGAACUCGUACUACAGCCAACUGUGGGAGCAGCAGUUACGCGGAUCUGCGCAGCCGAAAAUGGAAUCUGUGGAAGGAGAAAUGCCGCAGGAAGAACAGAGCCUUUCAAAAUAAAUCAUUGUGUACUGUACGUAGACAAACUGUGUUACGCUUUUAUCUUCUCGCAUUUUUCUCACUAAACAUCGUGCUUUCUACUUCGACCAAGAUCCAUAUUUUCCACCAUCCCGUUGUGCAUACACCUUGUGUAUAUUACCGUUGUAAUUAUUUUCGUCACAGCAUUUUAUUGUGUUGGCCGUAUAACCAACCUAUGCCGCUUCGCCGUGGCAAACGAUCUCCAAUCUUCCUAUCGUAUCUUGAAAAGGGUUUAUGCGGAACUUGAUGGAUGGUUAUCAAUUCUUCACUAGAUAUAUUUAAGAUGGGGACAAGUUGCAG